GUAAUCACAUAAUUCAUGUUUAAAUAAAGAUUAAUUAUAAAGCCUGAGCUUUAAAAUUGACAGAGGAAUUCUGUCAAAAUCAGUCCACGUUAGCAAGAAAUCUUUGACAGAAGACGAUCUUUUUUGUUUUUCGAAAAGCAUCUGCUGAGGCACUAUAAUCAUUUUAUAAUCUACGUAACGAAAUUAUUUCGAAUAAAAGUUAUUUACACAAAUACAGUUCAAUAUUAAAUUUCAAAAUAUGAGUGAAUUAGUAUGGGCAAUCAAGAAUGGUGAUUUGGAGCAGGUUAAAGAUAUCGUAGAAAAUAAAAACAUCGAUAUCAAUCUGGUGAUCGACGGGAGACCUCCUUUACAUUAUGCGGCGGAUUAUGGACAAACUCAAGUGAUCACUUACCUGUUGUCCAAAGGGGCAAAUGUUAAUGCAGAAGAUAAAUAUGGAAUAACCUGUUUGUUAGCAGCUAUCUGGGAGGGUCACACCGACUGUGUACGGAUUCUACUAAAUAAUGGUGCUAAUGUUCAAGGUAGAACUCCUGAUGGAACAAGUUAUAUUGACGCAGCAGAAAAACCAGAAAUUAAAGCUCUCCUGGCAUAAAUUUUAAAAUUAUGUAUUAUUAAGAUCAUAAGUUCUAUAUGUAAACAUAUACAUUUUUUGAAUAUAUAUGUUUACAUAUAUUACAUUUUGUAUCAAAAUAGAUGUGAUUACUAAAAGCAUAUUUAACAACGGGCAUAUUCAUAUUUAAAAUAUU